CUUUUUGGUAAAACAAUUCUUCAGUGUUUAACCAAUAAUUCACCGACUUUAUGUUAACGUCAUCUUUUGAAUAAUAAAUAGAAGGUGCAGUUUCCACAGACCACGUGACCACGCUGUUUAAGCGUAACAUUUUUUGCUCGCAGCUAGCCAACGGCUUUUGCUAAGGUAUAGUAAUUCUGAAGUUCUGAUUGGCCCAUUAAGUCGAAGGGCUCUCUCUGAUUGGCGGAAAGAGCUAAGUCGUUCCUAUGCGUUCUUCCGGCUUACAUGUUAGGGGGAAAAAAAGAAAAGACGAAUGGAAAAAUUGUAAUCCUCAAAACGACCAUUGCCUAGUUCUUUAGCGGUUACGGUCAGAAGAAGGUCGGAUGAGCUCUCAACAAUUCCCCCGACACGGGCUGCCUGCGGUUAGCGGCGGUGCCGCUCAGAUCCCUGCUCCUGCAAACCUGGUGCCUGUCAACCAGCCAUCCAACCCUCCAGGAGCAGUGGGAGAGGGGGACAGCAGUCGUGAAGGCGACCAUGGUCAGCAGGACCACCCUCCCGCCACAGGAGGGGGGGCAACCUUAGCUUUCAGAGAUGACAAACAGGAGACCAUGGUGGUCCGGCCGUACCCACAGGUUCAGAUGCAUGGGCAGCCGCAAGCUGCCCCCCAGACCGUCUCCAUCCAGCCUGGGACGCCUGUCACCUUACCUGCACCCACUGUCCACCUCCCACAGGGCCAGCCUGCAGUCCUCACCGACGGCCAAAUAAAGGCGGUCCAUAAGCCGCCCAUUCCAAGUCGUCUGAUCGCCCCGGCUCCCGCUUCCAACCAGGCUCACAUACCUAAGGUGCCAAGUCACAUCACUGUCACCAUAGAGAGCACCAUGCCCACCACCCCAUCCAUCCCCGUGGCAACCAUCAGUGGUCAGCAGGGUCACUCCAGCAACCUGCACCACCUAAUGCCAGCCAACAUUCACAUCAUCAGGACCCCCACUGUCCCUCCUCAGCCCUACUCAUCCCAUUUACCUCGAGGGGCAGCAGCAGCAGCUGUCAUGUCCAGCUCCAAAACGGUCCUGCGGCCCGCCACCGGAGCCAGCGCCAGCCCUGGUCAGCCCACGGUGCAGCACAUCAUCCAUCAGACCAUCCAGUCCCGCCCCGCUGUAACAACAUCCACAGCUGUUCUCCCAACCGUGGUGGCACCCAUCUCAGCUCCCAGGACUCAGCCUCCAGUGAUCAGUCCGAAUGCCACUCACUCUGAAGUGACACAUGGGCGUCCUGCGUUGACCAUCCACCCCCCUCCCGCCACCGUCGGCAUCCAGAGGCCUCAGACGUCACGGGAUUCAGCCACACGGAUCACUCUGCCGUCGCACCCCGCCAUAGGAGCCCAGAAGGCCCAGACGCCACACACCAUGGCACAGAAGCCCAUCUUCAGCACUGUGACUCCUGUCGCCGCAGCGACUGUGGCACCGAUAGUCGCCACCAACACUGUGCCAUCGACGACCACGAUAGGUUCUGUACCUCACACCCAGAUGACCAGUAGCACUAUUGUCACCGUGACGAUGCCGUCCCACUCCUGUCAUGCUACAGCAGCGACGACGUCCACUAUCCCCGUCGCUAAAGUGGUCCCACAGCCGAUCGCCCACUCUUCAUCCCGCGUCCAGGCUGAGUACCCAGGAGAGAGGGCUAACCUCAUCCCCAUCCCAGGGCACAGGUCCUCUCCUAACCCCGUCACCAUGGAAACCAGAAGUGACAACAGACCUUCUGUUCCAGUACAGCUCCAGUAUUUUCUCCCAGCGUACUCUUCAUCAUACCCUCUGACACACACAUACACACCCAUCAGCAGCCCUGUGUCCACAAUCCGCCAGUAUCCAGUCACCCCUCAAGCUCCAAGUUCGGCCCUGCCCGCUCAGGCCGGAGUGGGCGUGGCCACCACCGUUCACCUCAACCACAUGCAGCUGAUGGCGGUGGAUCGCAUCGGCCUCCCGUCGGCACAGAUCAGCACCCAGGGCAUCCAGCCCGCACCGAUCGGCGCGCAGGGCAUCCAGCCCGCACAGAUCGGGGUUCAGGGUCUGCAUUCGCCUGCGUCCAUCGCUACACAGGGGGUUCAGCCCGCACCGAUCGUCACACAGCAACAGCAACAGCAGACUGAAGCCAAGCCAGGAGUUGUUCUGGCUGACGGUUUUGUAGCGAGUCCCAUCAGCACCACGUUUGGCGCCACCCAGCCUGUAGCUACCAUGGUGCAGGCCCACACACAGGGAGCAGGAGUGGGAGGAGCUCCCACCCUGGUUUCCUCCCCUCGACCCAGCAUCCUGCGAAAGAAACCUGCGACCGAAGGAUGUGUUCGUAAGACCCUGAUCCCCACCCAGACCAGUGAAUCCAACAGUGGCAGAAUCGAUGGCGGCGUGAGAGGAGCAGGAUCUCCCCGGCCUGCGGGAGUGAAACCCAAAGCAGAGGUCCACAUGGCCGUGGCCCCUCCAGUCAUGGCUGCAGUCGAAGCUCUGCCUGCCCAAGGAGGGGAGCAGCAGGCCUCCAACCCCCAGCACCUGACCCAGGCCAUGCCCACCAUGCUGGCGACCCCGGGGCCCGUUCCUCCCUCCCAGCCCUCCACUGUUCUCUCCCUGCCUGCGGCCAUGGCCGUAACCCCCCCUGUUCCGGCGUCGAUGGCCAACACCGUGGCCUCGCCCACUCAGCCCGCUGCCAGUAGCACGGCGGCAUGCGCCGCCAGCUCCUCCUGCCCAGACGUCAAGAUCAAGCAGGAGGUGGAAACGAUGGAUACCUCUCAGCCUGAUCCCAAUGUGAAUUUGUCCUCAGCCCCGGCCGGCUCCACCCAGGCCAACACGCUGAACCCUCCGGCUACAGCCGAGCUGGUGCCCGGGGCCUCGCCCAGGAAGAAGCCCCGCAAACAGCAGCACGUCAUCUCCACAGAGGAGAGCGAGAUGGUGGAAACCAACAGCACCGAUGAAGAGAAGACCCCCGGGAGGCCCAUCAGCGGCAGGGCGGAGAGGCGGGAAUCCCCUCCCAGGGAAUACGUUGAUGAAGAAGGAGUUCGAUAUGUGCCAGUCAGGCCUCGUCCUCCCAUCACACUGCUGCGGCACUACCGGAACCCCUGGAAGGCUGCCUACCACCACUUUCAGAGGUACAGCGACAUCAGGGUCAAAGAGGAGAAGAAGUGCAGCUUGCAGGAUAUGGCCAAUCAGAGAGGAGUGGCAUGCAGGGCACAAGGCUGGAAGAUUCACCUGUGUGCUGCACAGCUCAGGCAGCUGUCGAGUUUGGAGCACGAUGUGUACAGCCGUCUCUCCACCCUCCAAGAGGGCCUUAUCCCAAAGAAGAGAGCAGGCUCCGACGAUGACCUGCACCGAAUCAACGAGCUCAUUCAGGGCAACAUGCAGCGCUGUAAACUGGUGAUGGACCAAGUGACCGAGGCCAGAGACACCAUGAUGAAGGUUCUCGAUCACAAGGAGAAAGUUCUGAAGCUGCUCAACAAGAACGGCACCGUCAAGAAAUCGUCCAAACUGAAGCGCAAAGAACGGGCGUGAGGUUGAGGGUGAGUCACUCGCCCCUCGACGACCGCCGCCCCGUUUCCAAGGAGGAAAGGGGGCGGGGCGAAGGAGCCGUUCUGAAUUCUGGUGCUAUGAUUUGCUGCAUACAAUCGCACGCGCCCUUCCUUAACUGCCUGUGGUUAGAGAGGCAGAGAGAGAAGCCAACCGGGGAGGCUUCGGCGAUCGGAGAAGCUGACCCGGACAGCGUUCUCUUAAAGACACAGUGAACAUACCGAGUAUGAAGCAAUCUAGGAUGUGUUAGUGGGGACAAACAAAACAAAACCCACGACGAUUUACUUUAAAGACUCUCGAGGCUCGUUUUAUUACUAGUUUCUGCCUCCUCCAUUAGGACAGUUCAAAGAUGGCUUCCUGUGUAUCUGUGAUAAUUGGCAUGCAGAUGCAGUGAAUUUUGAGUCCAUCUCCUCAGAUUUUACUUUUAGCCAACAGUUUAUUCAGACUAAUCUUGACUGUGCUCAGUCUGUGCCUUCAUUUUGUUAGUGUAGAAGAAUUGGACGUAGAAAUGUGCAAGCUGUCCCACAUUUCAAAUCACUACAUUUUUGGUUUUUUUCUUAUGGCUAAUAUUUUUCCUAUAUAUAUCUAUACAUACAUAUAUUUCAUUCGAUGGUUACACAUUUACCCUUUUUUUUUUUUUUUAUCAGCCCCGUGUUUAGUUGCAAUCUACAAAUCAAAAUGACAAUACUUGUGUGGGUUAAAAACCUUAAUGUGGCAUGUUUAAAAGAAUUUUUAUAGUACAAAAAAAAAAUCCUCAUAAAGAAUGUCCUUAGUUUUGAAAGUGAGAAUGCGAAAAAUGUCGAACUGCCAUCUUUAAUCCACUAUAUGAUGAAUAGAUGUCCCACCGUCUAGAGGUGGCGUUGAUUUGGUUUGAGACCAAACCAAAUGUUGGUUUGAGACGGUGCAGUGUUUGAAACAGAAGAAGAAGAGAGACUAACUUGCCUUGUGCUCUCACAACAGCAGACUGACUUCAUGUAAAUCACUGUAAAUGUGCUUUUGGUUUUUCAUUGACUUGGUUCUUUUCAAGUUUUUGUACUCGAUGAAACAGUUUGUGUUGUGUGUGUGUGUGUGUGUGUUACGCCGCUUCAUUGCUGCAGAGUGUAACCGUUGCAGGAUGAAGCGGGCUUGAAAAUAUCUAGUCAUUGUACAUUGUUUUUGUUUGUGUAAUUAAAGUAAAGAUACUUAAAGCUA